ACUAUUGAGUAAAUUUGUAAAAUCAAAUUGUAAUUCAUUUAUUAUUACCAUAAAAGUUGAAAAAAAUACUAUAUGACAAUAAAAUAUGGACGGUAUUUUUUUCAGUGCUUGCAUUUCAAAACAAAAACAUUCAAUCGUCUUGCUUACUGCAAAUCGCUGUCUUGUUUACCAUAAUGUUGUCAUUUUGGCAACGAAUAUGGUAAAACAGAACCAUGCAAAAACAACAUUGAUCGACCAAACAGACGCCAUUACUAAAAAUUUGUUCUCGGAACGCUGCUGGUUCGUUUAUUUUUGCCUGUUGUUUUUUUGUGAAUUAUGGCCGGAAAAAGCAAGGAAACUGUCGAAGUUAUUGUUGAUGACAUAGUAGCGGAUCCGGAAUUGAUUGAAGAGCAUGACCCAGAACUGCAAGAAUUGAUCUUGGGCGAAUGGAACUUGGAUGCCGCGAUUUAUUCUAUCUUGGUCGGACACGGAAUUACAGUUGGCUAUCUGAAGGACAUUGAUGAUGCGGCUUUGUCGGAGAUUUUCUCGGUAAUCAAGUGGACAGGCCAUAAAUAUGCCCUUAGAAAGAAACUGCAGAGUUGGCCUGAAAGUUCCUUCUAUUCAACUAACGCUUCUCACGAGCAUGGCCAUACAAGCAGUACAUCAAAUCCUGGGCCAUCCAAUCAUUGUUUGCUACCAUCGUCAGUAACGAGAAGCCAUCUCGAAGAUGUCUUGGAGAGAAACGAGAAGGGUAAAAUUGUCCGAAACUACUACGAAAAGCAUCACCAGUUGGACACAGAACACAAAAAGUAUUUGGCUCAUACUAUAGUAGACUACUACAUAGCUAAUGAUCGCUACUUCACAUUAACUGACAUGGCUCGAUUUGCUCAUUACAUCGUAGAACGAUUUCCUUCGGAACUAGCUGAAAUCUACUUUAAUCCUCGAGAUAACUCAAUCGGAAAGAAACAUCCAUCUGGUCUACUUUAUGACAGGUUUCAUAACAGAAACAAGAAAUCCCUAUUGGAAAGGAAGCGUAAGAGCAACGACGAUAUCGACCAUUGGAAGGAAUACGAAGCAAAGGCUGUUGCCCUAUCUGUUGAAGACAUUGAAAGACAGAAUUGUCACAAAAAUUGGCUCCGAAAUAAUCAGCAACCCGCGGAGAAAGUCACGCAGCUUUGGAAAGAGUCACUCCUGCUGCGCAUGCGGACCAUUGUACAAGAUACAGAAGUUGACAAGAAGAAUGUGCUAGCAGAGUGGCCUCGUCUAACGGAUGAAAAUGGAUAUUUGCUGAUUGAUGCAGAUUUUUGUUCCAUCUACGGAGAGCUUGGUGAUCUAUCAAACAUUUUCAAUGUCUGGGAAGGAUUCGUAGAACGAUUUCUACAAUACGUUGAACAAAAAGGAUUGAAUGACGAUUACUCUCGAGAACUUUACAGCCGUCUGCAUGAAACAAAUAUCCCCAAAGAUAGCCGGGAUUUUAUUUGUUGUACCAUAUUUCAUGGUAUCGUCAAGCCAGUUCGAACAUCAUCCCGCAAAUUGCCAACGAUUUUGCAAGCACAAACGGAUAUGUGCUAUGCAUGUAAGACAGAGCAGGAUUUUUCAGAAGCUGUAGCAGAAUUACGUGACGAGUACGAAGCAAAUGCAGUUCAAUUUUUCCCACGGAUUUUCGUAAUUGGAGGAACCGAGCAUCUGUUUGCGUUCUAUGUCGUGACUGCGAAAUUUCAGUACAAACUUCCAUCAUUCCUGCGUUGCAUCGAUCUUGUCGUGAAGCUGAAGUUUGUAUUGAAUUAUAAUUUUCCGGAAAGCUGCGAGUUGUUUUGGUACUUCGUUGCCAAACUCUUCUACAACGUCGGCUACUCCCGAAAAGCUAGGAAUAGCCAACUUCUGCAACUGUUCGCAUAUCUGAAGGACGGCUAAGAAACAACAUGAACUGUCAUCUGUGCCGCAGGCCGCAGGGAUCUGUUCAAACGUUGUUUGACCAUUUGACGAUAUUCCACGGCACUCCCACCGUUUUCAAAUAUACGUGUACAGCAUGCGCACCUUCAAGAUCGUAUCAAAAUCUGCAUCGUUUUAAACGGCACAUCAAUUCCAGCCACGUCGGAUUAUUUCAGUCUAGUGACACUGAAAAUCAGGACACAACAUGCGACGUCUAUCAUGAAGCUGAUAAGCCUACGGAUCCCAUCGAUACGGAAGAAAAAACGAUUUUUCAGGAAAAUUCAAACACAAACAAUACUAAUGAUCUUGGAAAUGUAAACGAAUCGUUGGAGAAAGAGAAAGUUAGUUUAAGUGAUGAUAAUAUUUUAGUCUUAAGAAAUAAGUUAAGAGAAAUGUUUUUAAACUUUACGUUAAAUUUACACAGUAAGUCAAAUUUUACGAGAAAAGACGUAAUAAGCUUACAACAGAGCAUUACUGAUCAAAUAGUUAAGCCAAUUUGUGAUACACUGCUAAAAAUAAGUCCGGUAGAUGAUAUUGAUUCGGAAGGAGUUAAAGAACUUAUUGAUGAUAUUUACCAACCGUUUCAGUUUAUAAGUUCCGAGAAAAAGCUUAAUACUACAUUGCAAAACAUUCAAUUACACGAUUCAUUACAAACGAUCGAAUAUAAAGAUAGCUUUGGAAACACCAUGUCGAAAGGAUGUUUAAUGCCCAUUAAGCAUCAAUUCACGCAGUUUUUCGAGAGUGGCAGUGUUUUUAACGAUACGAUGAACCAUAUGAGACAGUUAGAAGAGGAAGAUAAUUUAACGAACGUUAUCAACGGUUCCUUAUGGAAAAAUGUAAAACAAUCGUUUGGAGAUACAUGUGUAAUACCUUAUUUUUUGUAUUCGGACGAGGUCGAGAUGAAUGACGCCAUCGGAGCACACUCCGGUAGCCACAAGGUUACAGGAAUAUACUAUAGUUUUCCUACUAUUCCUUCGCAUUUUUUAGGCAGAUUAGAGAAUUUCUUUGUUGCCGGUUUCGUUAAAGCUUCCGAUAUGUCAAAAGUAGGUCCAUCUUUGGCGUUGAAAGAAUUGAUAACAAUACUCAUUGACUUGGAGCAGAAAGGAGCGGAAUUAAAUAUUGAUGGCCAAAAAAUUCGUGUUCAUUUUGUGCUUAUGGCAAUUUUAGGAGACAAUUUAGGAAUCAAUACAUUAAUGGGAUACUCGACAUCGUUCAGUUCUAUGAUAUACUGCAGAUUUUGCACUAUGAAUAAGUAUGAGUGUCAAACAAAUUUAAAACUGGACCCGCUUCGCUAUCGGAAUGAAAAGCAAUAUGACAUUGAUAUUCAAAGAAAGGUAGAUUUCAAAGAAUCUGGUAUUAAAGAAGAGUCAGCUUUUAAUCGUUUACAGUAUUAUCACGUUGGCGAAUUCACAAGUGUAGACUUAAUGCACGAUUUCUUCUCGCAUGGAAUUUGCAACUACGACAUGUCUCUAGUUUUGUCAUACAUGAUAAAGAAAUUGCAUAUUUCAUUGCUAACGAUUAACUACAGAAUUCAGAUGUUUGAUUGCAAAGAAACAGAGAAAAGGAACACUUUUAAAACGAUUACUAAAGAACAAAUUAAAUCAUCUAACUUCAAAAUGACAGCUCGGGAAAUGCUUUACUUUGUACACUAUUUUCCUCUGAUUUUUGGGGAGAUAAUACCAGAAAACGACGAAGUUUGGGAUUUUGUCUUGUCUUUAGUUGAGUUAAUAGAUAUGGUUAUGCUUCCACAAUUUAAUAACGAGCUUCUUGCAGUUUUGGAAGAUCAGAUAGUUUAUCAUCACACGUUAUACAGUAAACUUUUUGGAAAGCAUUUGAAACCAAAGUACCACAUACUACUUCAUUAUCCUGAAACAGUUAGGAGAAUUGGACCUCCGCGGUUUACCUGGAGUUUCAGGUUCGAGGCAUUCCAUCAAGUAUUUAAAAAAUAUUGCCGCAACAUUACCUCUAGGCGUAAUAUAUGCUUGACGCUUUGCACUAAAGCUCAACUUAUCUUCAUGAAUGAUAUCAAACAUUUAAAUAACUUCAAAACGUGCAU